AUGACCGUUACCCGCCAACUCGCCCUGCUCGCCGCCUUGGUGGCGUCCGCCGCCUUUGGGCCUCAGGACGCGCCCGCGCAGGCGGUCGAUCCCUUCGUCGAGGCGGCUCGGGUCGCCCAGCGGCCGACCGAGUCGGUCUAUGGCGGCGUCCAACUGACCAGCGCGAACGUCGGCGCCGGCUACCCCGUGUCGGACUACCAACCCGAAGUCUACUCGGGCGCCGAGUACGGCCAGCCGGCGGCGCCUUGUUUGUCGCCGGAGAUGGUCGGCCCAACGGCGACGUGGGGUUACGCGGCGCCGGCCAACAGCUGGGGCUGGCAGGUGCUUCCCGACGGCCUCAUCUAUCGGAGUUACCAAGCCGGCCCGCGCGAGUCGCGGCUCGGCCUGCACACGUUCCAGAAUAGCUACCCGGCCAACGGCGCCUACGCGGGUCAGAAGAGCGAGUGGGCGUGGGACGCGACGCUCGGCGGUCGGAAGGGCGUCAUCCGCUACGGCAACUUCGACGACUGCAACCCCGUCGGCUGGCAGCUCGACUUCGAGGGCGCCACGAUCGUGCGGCUCAAUCUCGACGAGGCCCGCGACGUGGACGCGUCCGACUUCCGUUUCGGCGUGCCGCUCACCUACACGGCGGGCGACGGCGUCGCUUACAAGAUCGGCUACUACCACCUCAGCUCGCACCUCGGCGAUGAGUUGAUCGCUCGCACCGGGAGUAAUACGCGGAUCAAUUACGUCCGCGACGCGAUCAUCGCGGGUGUGUCGUACCAGAUGUUCCCGAGCCUGCGGGUCUACGGCGAGACGGCCUACGCGUUCUUCACCGCCGGCGGGGCCGAGCCUUGGGAGUUCCAGUUCGGCGCCGAGUUGUCGCGUCCCGGACCGACCGGAUUCCGCGGCACGCCGUUCCUCGCCACCAACGCGCACCUGCGCGAAGAGGUCGAUUUCAGCGGCGACUGGACCCUCCAGACCGGCUGGCUGUGGCGUGGCGACACGGGCAGCACCCUGCGGCUGGGCCUGCACUACCUCAACGGCAAGAGCAACCAGUACCAGUUCUUCGAUCGCAAUGAAGAGCAGAUCGG